GGUUGUUGGUCUUGAUAAAUCAGGCAGUGGCUGUGCAACGUUGCUUGUUACGUCAUCAGCGGCCGCUUAUGGCGGAUGGCUGCGCUGGCUGCGCGCCUCUCCCGUCCCAGCACUAAGACGCGUAUCUCCGCAACCGCUUUCAGACGCGUGUGCAGCACAGCCACGGGUGGGAUGCUCCCGAUGGGCGCGGCCGCGAGUUGCUCCCCACUCGAGCGGCUCCGCUUCGACAACGCGGCCCUGAGGCGACUGCCGCUGGAUCCCAGCGAAGAGCCCGGUACGCGGACCGUGCGCGGCGCGUGCUUCUCGCGCGUACGGCCGCAGCCACUGCCCGCGCCCCGAUUCGUGGCCGUGUCGGCGCCUGCGCUUACGCUGCUCGGCCUUGACGCGCAGGAGGUGUUGCAGGACCCGCUGGCCUCCGAGUACAUGAGCGGCUCACGCGUCCUGCCGGGGUCCGAGCCGGCUGCACAUUGCUACUGCGGCCACCAGUUCGGCCAGUUUGCGGGGCAGUUGGGCGAUGGCGCCGCGUGCUAUCUGGGUGAGGUUCUUCUUGUUCCCGAUGGGCAGAGCGAGGACCUCCUGAGGGAGAACCCGUCCGGUCGCUGGGAGAUCCAGCUCAAGGGCUCCGGGCUGACGCCCUACUCCAGGCAGGCGGAUGGACGCAAGGUGCUGCGCUCCAGCAUCCGUGAGUUUCUGUGCAGCGAGGCUAUGUUUGCGCUGGGCAUUCCCACCACCCGCGCUGGCACCCUCGUCACCUCAGACCUGCAUGUGCUGCGAGAUGUCUUCUACAAUGGGCGCCCCCGCCGCGAGAGGUGCUCCGUUGUUCUACGCAUCGCGCCCACCUUCAUCAGAUUCGGGUCAUUUGAGAUUUUCAAGGCGGAGGAUGAGUUCACGGGCCGCCGGGGCCCAAGCACGGGCCGUACUGACAUCCUGGCCCAGCUCCUGGAUUACGUCAUCGAGAUGUUCUACCCCGAGAUCCAGAAGAAGCACUCGGAGCGGGAGGAGAGAAACGUUGCUUUCUUCAGAGAGGUGGUGGUGCGCACAGCCAGGCUAGUGGCCGACUGGCAGUGUGUGGGUUUCUGCCACGGCGUCCUCAACACGGACAACAUGAGCAUCCUGGGCCUCACCCUGGACUACGGGCCCUUUGGCUUUAUGGACAGGUUCGACCCGGACUUUGUGUGUAAUGCGUCGGACAACACGGGCCGCUACUCGUACCAAGCGCAGCCUGCCGUGUGCCACUGGAACCUUGCCCGUCUGGCUGAGUCCCUGGACCCUGAGCUGCCAGUCCCCCGUGCUCGUGCCGUCCUGGACGAGUACGAGUCCCUCUACAACUCCUUCUACCUAGCCAACAUGCGCAGGAAGCUAGGCCUCCUCAGGAGAGAGGAGCCAGAAGAUGAGGGCCUGGUCACCGAGCUGCUGCGGAUAAUGCACAACACAGGUGCUGACUUUACCAACACCUUCCGCUGUCUGAGCCGUGUGCCCUGCCCCGCAGAGGGGCAGGAAGAGGGUGAUGUGGUGGAGUCAGCUGUGGAGCUUCUCCUGGAGCAGUGUGCCUCUCUGGAGGAGCUCAAGGCAGCCAAUAAGCCUACUAUGGACCCCCGGGAGCUGGCCAUGGUGCUGUCCUUGGCCCAGUCAAACCCUGCUCUAUUCCAGCUUGUGGCCGACAGGAAAACUGUGUCCAGGCAGCUAGAGCGGCUUGCCAGGCUCAAGGAGCUCAUGGAAACCAAUGAGGAGGAGCUGCGGGUGAAGCAGAGGGAUGACUGGACUCGCUGGGUCCACCAGUACAGGAGUCGUCUGGCCCAGGAGUGUAGCUGUGAGGGGAGUGACCUCCAGACGAUGCAGGAGGAGAGACUUCGGGUGAUGGAGAGCAGCAAUCCCCGUGUGGUUCUCAGAAACUACAUCGCUCAGAAUGCAAUCGAGGCCGCUGAAGGCGGGGACUUCUCUGAGGUGCAGCGUGUGCUGAAGGUUCUGGAGAAGCCAUAUGAAGCCCAGCCAGGCUUGGAGCAGCCAAGUUGGAUGGGGCCGGGGGGAGCCGAGGUCCAGCGCCAGGGGGUUGAGGAAGGGUCCCAGGAGGAAGGGGCAGUAGCAACAUCCCGCCCGUGUAUCCCCUAUGACAGCAAGCCCCCGACAUGGGCCAGUGAGCUCUGUGUCACCUGAUCAUCAUAGUCCCUCCUUGACACCCGACCCACCUCACAGAAGAGUACUGGAUCUAGGUUUCGGUCCGUCUGGGUACUAGCCUGAGGUCCAGUAGGGAGGCACACUGUUUGCUACAUUGCGUACAAGUACAGUGUGAACAGAUGGGUCGAGUGUUCAGGGAGGGUGUUCUGGGUAGGUGCUCUUGUUAACCAUUAUGAGGUACAGUGAUGGGGACAGCAAGAAGUCUGUGGGUCACAGCGAUGCUCGUAGUAACGCUCUCAGUGACCUGCUGUGGCUCUUCUUGUCUCCAUUGCUUUGCUUCCCUUUGGUUAGGUGUGAAGACUGGGGCUCAGAGUCCUGCAGUGACAGGUCCGCAGUCUGAGAGCAGGAGCCACCCGCCCUCUACCAUACAACCCGUAACCAUGUGUGACAAUCAUUGGGCAGCGUGGAGCCCCCAGCGGCCCCAUGGCCCUUAACCCAGCUGUGCUCCUCUGGUGCUAAACUGUACACUGAAGGCAAAUGGGUAUUUUUAAUGCUGGGGGAGUGGUCUUUUAUACAAAGUCAUCUUUGAAGCAUCAUGGUUGUUUUGCAAUAAUGGCUUUGCCUAUUUCAUCUGUCUGCAGGGUUUUAGGUGUGGAAAGCAGUCAAAAGUGGUUUAGAGUGCACGUUGCUCACUUUAUAAUCAUUUCCCAUAAAUGUCGACUGAGCAAUACUGGAGCUCUCAUUCACAGGGCAGUACAGUUAUUUCUGCUCUAACUCAGUGGGUGGGUUCCUGUAAAAUCUAGUCUUAUGGAAAAUUGUGCAAUAAAAAUAACAGGGCUUGCAGGAGAAAUUUGGGAAAACCUCUCAAAAUGUAAAACAAAUUCAUAACCAGUAAUAGAUUGAAAAGAUAUAGUAAUAAUCCUAGUGAGAAUGUUAGCACUGUUUAAAAAUGUUAAAUUCAUAACAAAUGCUACAGUAAUAUAGAACUUCAUCUUAUAAAAGUGCAGAUGAAUGUGAACGUAAUGUUGACUCCUUUAUGCCAGUUGCGUGAUUAUCAUGUUGCAUCUUGUUCAAAAUGCUUUGUAACGUUGAACUUUUUAAAAGUUAAAGCUUUCACUCCCCGCCUGAAACUGUGUCCCCAGCUCACUUCUUACGCACACUUUUGUCACCAUGUUUACUUAUUGUGUGGUGAUAAGGUUUUGUGGAAAUAACAGGGUAACUGAGAACCUCACACUCAGCACUUUCAAAAGAAAGCAUGGGAAAAUGGAGUGGUGUGUGUGUGUGUGUGUGUGUUUUCCACCACGGGCCGCUGCGUUCAGCUGUUACUCAAUGACACAAAACAUAAAUUUGUUGGUAUGAACCACAUGUGAGCCACCAGGGGUUUUAUGUUAUACUAAUGUCAUUCAUUUUUUCCACCAGUUUCAUAUGAGCCAGUCUGGGUUAUGAAAACUCGAGUAGUAGCAAAAAAUGGCUGUACUUUUAUUUUGUGAUAAGACUAUUUUAUGAUGCUGAAGAUAUAAACAUUUGCACUGACUGCUGUACCCUGUUUUAAAGAUUAGUUGCUAUUUUAAGUUGUUUUAUAGUCUAUGAAUUACAUGAAUACGAACAAUAGCUAGAGCUUAUUUUUUGAAAAAAUGUCUAUAAAAUCCCACUAAUGACUAAUAACAUGUUUAAUAAAG